AUGCCCUUCGAGUUCAUCGACAACAAUACCACCAUCAGCCGGGCUGAGCGCAAACGCAUCCGCAGCCAUGCAGCCAAAGGCCGCAACGUGGGGAAGACCAUCGUCCGCCCAUCCCGAAAGAAGCUCUUACUUACCCGGACAGUUCAACCCGAGAAUAGAGAGAAUCAACCUCGAGAGCCCAGAAGAGACAUUGAACGGCAGAUUGGCGACGGGCUGUCUGUUCUCGGGCUGCCAGCACCACCGACUCCGGCAUCUAAACGCCUCGUCCAGAAAGCCCUAACAUUCUUCGCCGGUCCCCGACACGCACCCGAGCUAGAGAAGGCCCUAGAUCCCUAUGCUCGCAAUCCCGCCGCUAUCUGGACGCAAUUCAUUUUCAUGGAUGAGGCCUACUUCCAUUGUGCCAUGGCAAUGGCCAUAACAGCCUUAAACAGCCUAGUAAUGCAACCCGAGGACCCAGCCGACGCAAUGCGUCACAUAGCGCGCUCGCUGCGCAUUGUGAAUCAACGACUCGUAUCUCCCCACGAUGCCCUCUCAGACACGACCCUGGCCGUGGUUAUGAUGCUAUCUCACUACGAGCGGCAUCAGGGCCAUCUGCGUCAAGGACAAGUACAUUUUGAUGGGCUGCUACGUAUGGUGGAGCUGAGGGGUGGCAUUGCGUAUCUGGCGAAGACCAAACCUAAUAUUGCUCUGAAACUGUACAUGGCCGAUCUGGACUAUGCUCUCCAGCUAGGUAUAUCGACGCGUUACAGCGUUGAUGACAUUUCACAUGGCAUGACCACGCUCUUGGGCAGCCAAGAUGACCGAGAGCAACAACGGGCCCGAUCACCUCCAUCUGUACUUCCACCACCCCUCUCCCAUAGCUUGGGAGCAAACCUCCAAGACCUCCUGACAAACAUGACAUCUUUCGCCCGCAUAGUCAACGACACUGUCUCGGGGCUCCGACCACCAUUUAGCAGCUAUGCCUUGCUUUGCACACUCCUCAUCCUGGGAUAUCGUCUCGUGGGUAUCAGUCCACUAGCCGGUCCCCGACCCCACGAUCAUCUCAUAGAUAUUAUCCAUCUCGGCUUGGCGGCAUUCAUGGUGACGUUUCUACGAAGACUUGAUCGGAAGAUUGCGGACAUGCCGCUUUUAUCGAGUGUCGCUCGAGCGGCAGUGGAUAAUAGCUAUUAUGAUGAGAAAAGGGCACAGGAAUAUCAGGAGGUCCUAUUGUGGGUCCUUUUCCUUGGUGCAACGUCGGUUUUUAGGGGCGUGGAUCAUUCUUCGUGGUUGGUUCUGAGAGCGAGGCAGACGAUGAACGUUUUGGAUCUGAGCUCUUGGGGGGAUGUACAGAAGGUAUUGGUUCAAUUUCCUUGGGUUCACACGCUUCACGAUAAAGCGGGCUGGGAGCUGUGGAGCACAUGUACAUUAGAAACAGUAUGA